GCUACUGUGUGAAGUGUGUAAACCGGUGCCCAAUUGAAGAAGUGGCAGCUCUAGUAAACGUAUUGAAAUAGAAGUGUGGGGUGUGCACGUGUCUGACUGUCAAGGAAUAAAUUAAACUAGUUGUGAACAUUCAGUGAUCCAGAAAAAGUGAGUGACUGUAGCUAAGCAGACGGUGUUACUGUAUUUGAACGUGGUUACAGUGAGAGACCAAGGACUGGAGACAGUGAUUGUGACAUAUAUUGGCAUGUCACUUCCUAUUUGGUCACAGAGUAUCUGUGGAGCUCACAGAGAUGGAAAUUGUGUUAGUGGCUAUGUUGAUGGAGAAACAUCACUUGAAGCUCUGCUCCAGACACAUCAAUGUGCUACCACAUCUACGUUUGUGACACGAACGUCUACAGUAGCAGACAUCUGCCAAUCUUUGAAAGAAGAGUCUAAAGCAGAGCUGAAGAAAACUCUUCCGAGGAUUCUAUUUCAAUGUUCAGCUGGUGAGAUAGUUGUUCCAUUUGAUGGCACACCAUUCUGUUUAUGUGGAAGGAAGCAGCUGGAAUGUCAGUUUGGUCCCUCUCGCCUGAAGUCUGGAGAGACGUAUUCAGCAAGGAACAGAGACAGCAGUGGCACUGAAAAGAAACGUCUCCUACUCCAGACAACUAGAAAAAAAGGAUGCACAGCCCAUAUUAGCAUUCGACAAGUCAUUAGAUUUCCUGAUUUCAAGUUACCAUAUGAUACUCCAUCUACAACGUCCGACUUCAAGAAGGCAAGAGCAGCCAUAGUAAGGGAAGUGCAGAAUGCAAUGAAGAGUGGUACAGCCAGCUACACCAAACGAUAUUUUGUUUCACUUCCUGACGUUGAUGCUCAUUCCAAUCAUUCUUGUGGAGGAGCUGCAGGAUUUGCACAAACAGUUCACCCUGCAAUCAUACAUGAAAUCAGUAACAUUGUUCGUGAUGGCAUAACCAAAGUGACUGAGGUGAAAGCAGCCUUACGAAGAUUCGUAAAAACCAGACUAAAUGUUGAUCAAGGUAUAAAACCUGAGGAGACAAACAGAGCCUACUAUCCCUCUAGUGUUGACAUAAAGAACCACAUCUAUUUAGCAAAACAGAAACUCAAGCUAUCAAAAGUAGACCAAGAAAAUUUGUCAUUGAGUAUUAUACAGUGGCAAAUAGAAUCUCCUGGUACUAAGUAUCAUUUCCGACCUUACAGAAAUGUAAAGGGCCCUCUAAACACAGCUACAUCCUGUACAGGUACACCAAAUAAUGAAUCAGUCAGUCUGUCAAAAAACAAUUUUAGCAAGUCAUGCAAACCCAGGCCUGACGCACCAAUCACCUUUAGCUCAACAGCUUCCCAAUCUCAGCAACACAUGCUGUAUGUCCAUCAAGAAAAGUGGCAACAAGAUCUAUUGGUACGCUAUGGCAAUACCAUCAGUCUUAUUGAUGCAACAUACAAAACAACCAAGUAUGAUCUUGCGCUCUUCUUUAUCUGCGUAAAGACUAACGUUAACUACACAGUAGUUGCUGAUUUUGUAAUACAGCAUGAAACAGCUGAACAAAUUGUCGAAGCACUACAAAUCCUCAAAGAUUGGAACCCAGCCUGGAAACCACAAUUUUGGAUGACUGAUUACUCAGAAGCUCAAAUGACAGGCCUCACUACAUCCUUUCCAGAAUCAACCCUGUAUCUGUGUGACUUUCAUAGGGAACAAGCGUGGACACGAUUUGGUAAGGAUUUAAAGCAUGGAUUAAACACCACAGAGAGUGAAUCACUGCUAGAAAUACUGAGAAAGAUGGCGUAUGCCCCUCCAUGCCAAGAGCCUGAUAAAGCCAUUGAUUACUUUUACAGAAAAGAAGAAGAGAACUUAAAGCAGAGUGAUGUGUGCCGUUGUCAUGACCAAGUCAACCAGUGGCUGUCACGAAAAUGGCUGUGUAUUCCUGAGAAAUGGGCUCGAUGUCUUCGUGACAAUUCCUAUCAUGCUGCAGUUGAAACAGACAAUGGGACUGAGGCUCAAAACAAGCUAUUGAAAUAUUCAUAUCUGCCAAGGAAGAGAGACCUGACACUAUCAAGCAUUAUCGAGAUUCUCAUUCACCAUUUCCUACCAGAUCAAAGAGAAAGAUAUCUUUUCCUAAACUAUAAAGCAAGCACAGACUAUCGUUCCUAUGACAAAUCCAUACCAUCAUAUCUACAUAAUAGACCAUCUAGUAUUGUGGCUCAUUGUCUUGAAAGGAAGUCAUCUGCUCUCAAGUUUUGUACUGAAGAUGUUUACUGCAAUCCUAUUAGAUCUGGUGUCUUUCAUGUGAAGUCACAGUCCAAAAAAGAUGUUUGGCAUACCGUUGAGUUCGGAUCUUUUCAUAAAUUACCAUCAUGUACUUGCACAGACUGGAAAAAAGAACAAAUUCCAUGCAAGCACUUUUUUGCUGUGUUUUGCCUUGUUGAAGGAUGGGAUUGGAAGAAUCUGCCUCCCAGCUAUCUAGAGGGGCCAUACCUGUCAAUAAACAAAAGUGCUCUUGAUUCUAGAUUUCAUAGCAACCAUGAAUCUGUGGAAGAUCACAAUGUAGACAGUCUGGACUAUGACAGCCAACCAGAUUCUACCAUGGUUACAGAACAAGAUUAUACUGAAUCAGCCAGCAGCGUGCUUCACUGCCUGCCAGAACGAAGGAGACAAGCCACAGAGCUAAAGGAUGCUCAGUUGGAUGCAAGAGAAGCCAUAAAGGAGGCAGAACGUCUUACAUACCUAAGUCAAAACGUGAAAGCAUUACGAUGUCUGGCAAUAGCUAUUCGACAGUCUGUGACAAAAUUGAAAGAGCAGAUGCCACAGUCAACAGAAGGCCUCUUGCUUCUACCAUCAUUACGCAGGAAAUCCUUGAAGAGAGCAACAGCCAGAAGACUGGUAAAAGAAGCCAAACGAGUAAAGCAAAAAGCAAAAAGUGAACAAACAGUAAGUGAACUACCACCACGAAAGAAACGUAAGACAAGUCAUAGCAAGAGAGUGGGGAUAAAGGCUGACCGCAUGAGACACGAAAACUCAACAAUGAAAGACCGGCAAGGACGGAAACUGAAACUCACAGAUGCAGUCAACCCUCACACUAGAGAAACAGAAGCUAGAAUCAGCUGUAACGCCUCCAUUGACUUCAAUCAGAAUGCAGCAAAUGUAGACUUUCAAUGCAACAGUAAAUCACUCCUCCCUGUCACACCUACGUUGUGUGAACCAACCUUCCAGAGCAAAAGUAGAAGCAGUCUUGACUUUCUAAGACGGGCAUCCAGCAUACUAACAACUUCAACGUCUGGUUUACAAAAAGAGAAACAACUUCAACAAAUAGCUCAUUCCUAUGCCUACAGUCAGGCGAAGGCAGCACAACUGCCACUUGAGUCUGUAGAGACAAACACAAAUUCUGCAAACCAUGUAGAACACUUUGAUGAGCCAGAAACUGAUGGCGCAAAAAGAUUUGAAAUCAGACAACUACGAAGACAACUGGAUAAAAAACAGAGUGACAUAGAUAAUUCAGCAAUGAAAUCGACGCAAUCUACAGUAAACUGCCAAGUGAUUAAUACUACACGUGGUCCAAUAGAUUGCACAAGACCAUCAACACAGCUAUCCUAUCUUUCAAAACCAAAGGAAGUGCUACAUCACCUGAUUAGCAAUGCUGAUCGACCCAACCGCUGCAGACGGCCAAUUGUGUUUGACAUUAGAAGACGUCCAUCUGAUAGCCAGCAGCAAACAGUCAAAUGCCACACCAAUAUAAUCUAUGCAUCAAAGCAAUUCUAACACUUACAGAAUGAGACAUGACUUGGUCUUUAUUUGUUUAAUUGUUUGCUGUACUUGUGUGUUUAACUAGAGCAAGAUUCAAGGACUAGUCUAGUAGUGUUAUAUUAUUCAAAUACAUCGUA